GGGCAAUAAAUCAUAUAUGUUUUACAUGCAAGCAUGUUGUCAACAAGAAUAAAAAGGCGGUCCUUAUAUACAAGUUUUCUUCAAUGCUCAUUCAGAGCUUCUUUUCCCUGACAAACCGGCACUCACACUUCCUCUCUGCAUCUGCUUGCAAAAGACCAUGGACAGGGAUCAACAGCUGAAAGCUGCCUUAUUUUGGAAGCUUCCUCUACUUUUCCAGUUCUGCAAAGGUGACAUUGUGAUUAAUAGCAACUCCAGCUUUGAUGAAGAUGUUACUAAAAAGAGCCAAGUAACACUGGAUUACAUCACUGAAGAUUUUUCCAAUCUUGACUACAGUCAGUUUGAAGAGAUGUGCAAGAAGGAUGAGAUCCGGAAAUUCCGUGCUAUUUUUCUCCCUGUUGCAUAUUCCUUGAUAUGCUUUGUGGGACUGGCAGGCAAUGGUUUGGUUAUGGCAACCUACAUCUAUUUCAAGAGGCUCAAGACAAUGACUGAUAUCUAUCUAUUCAAUCUGGCCUUAUCAGACAUCUUCUUUCUUUUGACUCUCCCAUUUUGGGCUGUCAGUGCAGCCAAGCACUGGAUUUUUGGGGACUUUGCAUGCAAAGCAAUUUACCUCAUCUGCCAGAUGAGUUUCUUCAGUGGCAUGCUGCUGCUUCUCUCCAUCAGCAUUGAUAGAUAUUUUGCCAUUGUUCAGGCAACUUCAGCCCACCGCCUUCGGUCCCAGAGAAUGUUUGCCAGCAAAGUUACCUGUUUCUUGAUUUGGACAUUGGCUUUUAUUUUUUCUGUCCCAGAAGUGAUCCAUACCAGUGUUUAUGAACAUCCUUCAUACCCACCACAAUGUUUCAUCACCACAGGUGAUCAUAUAGCCUUAACUAUCAGUAUAAGAGUAUCUCAGAUGGUCUUUGGGUUUUGCUUACCUCUAUUUGUAAUGACUUUCUGCUAUUGUGUCAUCAUCAGAAAUUUGCUGCAACCCCAUAGCUUUGAAAGAAAACAUGUAAUCAAAAUCCUUGUUGUAGUCAUGAUAGCUUUUGUUCUCCUUCAGCUCCCCUACAAUUGCAUCAUAGUCCUCAGGACCAUUUCAAAAUACAACCGAACCACUGGCCAGUGCGAUGCCAUCAAGACCCUAGAUGUGGCUAAUGAUGUGACUUACAGCUUGGCUUGCUUCCGCUGCUGUCUCAAUCCUUUCCUGUAUGCUUUCAUAGGAAUUAAGUUCCGCAAUGAUGUCCUCCGCCUUCUUAAAGAUUUGGGCUGCAUCAAUCAAAAGCAGCUCUGGCAAUGGUCAACAAACCAGAAGAACAGUAGAAGUUCUGUUCCCACAGAAACUGAUACCACAACUUCUUUCUCCCCAUGAGAUGCUGGAACUCUGCAUAAUCAGUAUCACAGAUAUUAAUAUCAUAUGGGUUUCACCAUCCAUCAUCAGAGAUGGAACCAGGAGAUCCUUUAGAUCUCACUUAUUGGGAGUAUUUUCACAGAACCUGAAGAGACCCGACUCUUCUUUCUCUUCUCCCACUGGUCAACUCAAUUUAUCUAGAUAAAAUUUGCUAAAAAGCAAAAGGGAGAACUGCAGAAAGCUGUCUGCAGAUCUUAAAUAGGAGAACCAUGCCAUAGCUACAGGAAAGGCAAAGUAUGUUCUUCUGAAGCUGAAGAAAGUUGACAUUCAGGAGGCCUAAUUAAAAAAUCUUACAGACAUAAAAUGGUGAAAAUUAUUUAGUAUCUUCACAAAACUGAGAAACAAGCAAGCAGUUGAUUUUUCCUUCCUUCCUUCCUUCCUUCCUCCCUCCCUCCCUCCCUCCCUCCCUCCCUUCUUUCCUUCCUUCUUUCCCACAUCUCUGGCAUUUACAUGUUGUUGUUGCAACGGGGAAAAAAAAACACAAAUGACUACCAGGUUCAAUCCAUUUUUACCAAAAAGUAGAAUGAAAAUGCUAAAAUGUUAACUUUCCAUAAAGCUAUCUUUAUAUUUGUUCAGUACAAGUUGAUAUAUAAGAAUAAAAGUGAGUUAUUUCUUUAUGUAGAAUGAUUCAUAUUUCCUUUUAAUUUUACCUUGUAUUAUUCCACAAACUUUUCUGUGUAAUGUUUGUAUUUUGUAAUUCGUAAUUUUUGACUUUUUUCUUUUUCUCAUUUUAAAAUUAAUAAAUAAUAAAUCUUAAGCUUAGGUUCCUAUACUGACUGGUAUACAUUAGGAUAUGCUUCUAUAAGGAAAACCUAUAUAGAAUGUUUUAUAGAUGGCACAUGACACCAUUUAGAUUAGAGAAAAUGUUUAAAAAUGUAUCAAAUAUGUGUUGGAAAUGUAAACAACAACCAGGCACUUAUUACCAUCUCUUGUGGAUACAUCCUAAUGUUAAAAAGCUUUGGUUUAAGAUCCAUAUCUAGAAGAGAUGAUUAAAAUACAGAUAGAAUUUAAACCAAAAUUCUGUUUGUUAGGGAUAUUAGGUUUGAAUUAUGGAAAAGAGAAUGAGUAUAUUGCAUGUGCUGACAG